CGGUUUGAAUUAACCGAUCUUUGACCCGCAAACCCAACCAUAAUUUUGUUGUCGGCCUUCCAAGACUGCGCUCAGUAGUGAAUGAGUUAUUGCAACAUACACGUGCUAAGUAUGAACAACUUAAGUGAAGAUGCACGGCGAUACGCAUUGGAAAACUUGAACGAAACUGACGAAAAUAGACGAUAUUGUUUAGAAAAUAUAAGACUGUGGUUGCAAAACGAUGUUCCGUGGAUUAAAGGUCGCUCCGAAGAUAAGUAUAUACUGCCAUUUUUACGAGGAUGCAAAUUCAACCUAACCAAAACAAAGAUGAAGCUGAAGAAUUACUACAUGAUGAAGAGAGACCGGCCUGAAUGGUUUUCAAAUAGAAACCCUUUACUUCCCGAGAUACAGGCACUGGUCAAAUUGGGAGCUUUUGUGCCUCUGAAGCACACUCAAGACAACAAAAUGGUAAUCAUAAUUAGAACAGCUGCCCAUGAUCCAAAAAUACAUACAUGGAAUGAUGUUUUUAAAGUUGGAAAGAUGAUAUUAGAUGUGGCUUGCCAGGAAAUCGUAAACGCUCAAAUAUUUGGAGUUAUCGCAAUCUUUGACAUGACGGGAAUGGGAUUCACUCAUUACAAAUCCAUGACACCGACUUUGAUUAAGAAUGUUGUCUUUGCUUGGCAGAAUUACCAUGUUAGACCUAAGCAAUUGGAGUAUAUUAACUCCCCAACAUACAUAAACAUUGCCCUUAGAAUAUUUAAAAGCUUUAUGACCGAAAAGAUGAGAGGUAGAGUUAAAGUGCAUUUCGGUGGUGUUGAGGAAGCACAAACCAUUGUAGCAAAAGACAUUUUACCAGUAGAAUAUGGGGGCAGUGGAGAGAGCUUAAACAAUCUGAGCCAGUUUUGGGUGGAACAAUUACUGAAGUAUCGAGAUUGGUUUGCAGAAGACGAAUUUUAUAAGGCUGAGCAAACAGAAGCUUCGUCAAUCAUGAACUGAUAGACUUAACAACUUAGCGAUUUUUGUGUAAAUUAUGCAAUAUAUUUUUUAUUUAUCAU